AUGGACUGUAGCUGCGUCUCCGACCUUCUCUUCGCCCCGCCCACCCUGCCGGCUCUCUGGACCCCCGGGUUUGCCUUCCCAGAUUGGGCCUACAAGCCGGAGUCGUCCCCUGGCUCGAGGCAGAUCCAGCUGUGGCACUUCAUCCUGGAGCUGCUGCAGAAGGAGGAAUACCAGGGUGUCAUCGCCUGGCAGGGGGACUACGGGGAAUUCGUCAUCAAGGACCCUGACGAGGUGGCUCGGCUCUGGGGCAUCCGCAAGUGCAAGCCCCACAUGAAUUAUGACAAGCUGAGCCGGGCCCUGCGCUACUACUACAACAAGCGGAUUCUCCACAAGACCAAAGGGAAGAGGUUCACCUACAAGUUCAACUUCAGCAAAGUCGUGCUGGUCAACUACCCGCUGUUGGAUGUGGCAGCAGCCACCACGGGCUCCCCACUCUUGCUGACCCCUGGUCCCUUUGGGGGGACCCCUGGGCCAGAUGCUCCUCCCCUUACCCCUGAGACCUUGCAGACCCUGUUCUCUGCCCCUCGCCUGGGAGAGCCAGGGGCCCGGGCGCCCCUGUUCACCCCUGAGACAGACAAACUGCGUCUGGACAGCCCUUUCCCGUUUCUGGGCUCCGGUGCCACCGGCUAUUCCAAGCCCCCUGGCCUGCUGGGUCCUUAUGGCCGCGCCUUCCCAGAGUACCCCUGGAACUUUAACCCGUACCUCACCGGCCCCUUCCCCAAGCUGCCCCCCUCUCUCUACCCCCCACACUUCUACCCCAACCCUCUGGCCGGUCCCCUGGGCCACCUGCCCUCAGCAGGGGCAGGGGGAGGCCCCGCAGCUUCACCCCUGCUGGCUGCGACAGGGGAGGGCCUGGGCCCUGAGCGCCCUUCGGGCCUGGCAGCCACCCCUCGCCUGGCACUGCCCGGAGCUGGGGGUCCAGAGGCUGCGCUGGGUGGGAAGGAGGACAGCGACUCGGAGCUGGAGAUCACUGAUGUCAGCGGCUGCAGCUCUGACAGCGAGGGCGACGAGGGCCUCCCUGUGCCCCCCAAGGCCAAGGCGAGCAAAGGGGGGAUCGGCAGCUGA